AUGGUGUUAUGGAUUUCUUCUGCUGUAAAUGAGGAGGAGACUCAUAUCUGGAUCAAUAAUCUUACUAUGCUUAUGCUAUCAGAUGAUCGUUUCACGUGGCUCUCUCUUCCUGGAGGUGCAGAGAGGGUGAAGUAUUUUGUGAGGAGGGAUAGUGGCAACCGUGAUCCACUUGAUAGUCCCUACGGUAUUUUGCUGGAAAGCGAAACUUUACCACAGUUUGAGUGGCCAGCCGCUUCACCAUUUGCCAAAUGGAUAAUAGAAAACAGUUCAGUUUUUCAGAACAAAAAGGUUUUGGAACUAGGUAGUGGAACAGGAGUUGUUGGCUUGACAGCUGCGUUAUAUGCAGCAAAAGUUAUACUCACUGACUCUUCUCUAGUGUCUUUGGCUAUGCUAAAACUGACAGUUGAACAGAAUUCUUAUGAAAAUUGUAGAGUGGGUCUGCUCCGCUGGGGAUCUGAUGAUGCUGUGGACGAACUAAAGGAGGCAUUGAGUAUAGAAUCUUUUGAUAUUAUUAUCGGCAGUGAUGUUUUUUAUUUUAAUUCUACACUAAGAGCUGGUCUCAAAACGGCGAAGAGAGCGCUACAGUCCUCAGUAAGUUCAUCUGGAGGAUUUUUCUUAUGUGCUAGUGUGGCUCGCUCAGAGAGGAUGGAAGUGGACUUGGACGAGGUUCCGGCCACGCUGGGGUUUGAAUCUAACAUAGUGGUGGAGUCAGGUGUCUUUAAGUUAUACAAGUGGACAGUGCAGUCAUAG